GGAUAACGGCUUUGCGGUUUACAAGAGCACAACACACUCAACACAGCAAUUGCGCCAUUUCUCAUGACAAAUUACAAAAUAGUGAAUUCAGAGUACUGUUUGGUGAGUUUAAGCCAACAUUGUCAAUAGUCAAUGUGGCAUUACGGCUUACAAAAUACAAUUUAUAUACGCCAGUUCGUUAUUACUUUAUACGAUUAAUUAAUAGUUAUUACGUUUACUACGUUUUACGUUCGCAGUUUAGUGUCAAUUUUAAUUGAAAAUAUCCAUUGUGUGUAAAUUAAUUAAUUUAAUAAUUAUGGCUAAUCUGUCAUCUGCUCGUAAGAAAAAACCUAACCGCCGCUACAAAUUGUCUAUUGGAGAUGAAGAAAAUUUCGAACCCCCAAUACAAUCAUCAACUCCAUCAAAAAUGUCUAAAAAGAAUUCAAAAAGAAUUCUGAAGGAUAAUAAUUCAUUAAACAUAAGUGUCAUUAAUAAAGAUGAUCGAAACAAAACAAUAAAUGUAGAAACUUAUUGCCACAAACCUAUACUGCCUGUUAUAGAAGAAAAUGCUAAGUACGGUCGAAUUGCGGAACUUUUUUGUAGUGAUCCAGAAGACGAACCUACCGAGACACAAAAUCUAACCGUCACCACAACAAAUGAUUCCGACGAUAAAUGGACUACUUUUUCAGAUAUUUCUGAAGAUCAAAGCUGUAGUAAUGUAACAGAUUUACUAGCUGAAAUUGAAGCAGAUGUAGAUAUCAGAUUUAAAAAACCACCACGAAGAUCAUAUCCCGGAAGAAAAAGAAUAAAUAAAAGUUUGUUUGAAGAGAAAGAAGAAGAAGAAAUAGAUGUACAAAUAAAAAAAAAAUGUAGAAAACAUAAACAAAAAAAAAAGGAUCCACAAGAAGAAGCAUUUGUACAAUCAAUGAACGAGCAUUUUGGAGAUAUUGAAUCUUUUAGUUUAGCAGUGGAAUAACAUAAAAUUACACUUAAAAAAAAGAAAAAGAAGUAAAUAAUUACUGAGUCUGAAUUGAUAGAUUUUUCAAAAUUUGUUAUUGUAAAUUAUUAUAUAUAUUAUAUUAUUAUAUGUCUUAUGUUGUAUAAAUAUUUUUCUAAAUCUUUGUACUAAAACCAAUCUUAUAAUUGUAUUAAAUUGUUUAUUAGAUUUAAGAUUAACUUUAAUCAAUUAGAAACAUGGACAAGUAACUAAUUAUUGUUUAUUUUAAUGAUAUGUACUAUUAUUAAGUCUGUUUAAUACAUUUAUUUAUUUUUAUAGUUGUA